CGCGGUGUCUGCGGGAGGCGGCGCUCGCGGCUCCUGCAGGAGGUGCCCGAAGAAGCCGCGCCGGCCUCGGCCUCUCCUUUCGCUCGGCUCCCUCAAGCCUGCCGCCGCCAUGCUGUCCGUGCGCGUAGCCGCCGCUCUCGUCCGCUCCCUGCCUCGGCAGGCCGGCUGGGUGUCCCGGAAUGGUUUGGGUGCCUCAUUUGUUGCAACAAGGAACCUCCAUGCCUCCAACACAAGUCUACAGAAAACAGGAACUGCUGAAGUGUCCUCUAUUCUUGAGGAGCGUAUUCUGGGUGCUGACACCUCUGCUGAGCUAGAAGAAACUGGCCGUGUGCUGUCAAUUGGUGAUGGUAUUGCCCGUGUGUAUGGCUUGCGGAACGUUCAAGCAGAAGAAAUGGUCGAGUUCUCUUCUGGACUGAAGGGCAUGUCCCUGAACUUGGAGCCUGACAAUGUUGGUGUUGUCGUAUUUGGAAAUGACAGAUUGAUUAAGGAAGGAGACAUUGUGAAGAGGACAGGUGCCAUUGUGGAUGUCCCAGUUGGCGAAGAGCUCCUGGGUCGUGUGGUAGAUGCGCUGGGCAAUGCCAUCGAUGGAAAGGGUCCCAUCACAUCCAAGUUGCGCAGGAGGGUUGGCCUGAAGGCCCCUGGAAUCAUUCCUAGAAUCUCUGUGCGCGAGCCCAUGCAGACGGGCAUCAAGGCCGUGGACAGCUUGGUACCAAUCGGCCGUGGACAGCGUGAGCUGAUCAUCGGAGACAGACAGACUGGCAAAACUUCAAUUGCUAUUGAUACCAUCAUCAACCAAAAGCGAUUUAACGAUGGAACUGAUGAGAAGAAAAAACUAUAUUGUAUUUAUGUUGCCAUUGGUCAGAAGAGAUCCACUGUUGCGCAGCUGGUCAAAAGGCUUACUGAUGCAGAUGCCAUGAAGUACACCAUUGUGGUCUCUGCCACAGCCUCGGACGCUGCCCCACUUCAGUACUUAGCUCCUUAUUCUGGCUGUUCCAUGGGUGAAUACUUCAGAGACAACGGCAAACACGCUUUGAUUAUCUAUGAUGACUUGUCCAAGCAGGCUGUUGCCUACCGCCAGAUGUCACUGCUGCUGCGUCGUCCCCCUGGCCGAGAGGCCUACCCUGGUGACGUAUUCUACUUGCACUCCCGUCUCCUGGAAAGAGCAGCCAAGAUGAACGAUGCCUUUGGGGGAGGCUCUUUGACUGCCCUUCCUGUCAUUGAGACGCAAGCUGGAGAUGUGUCAGCCUACAUUCCAACUAAUGUCAUCUCUAUCACUGAUGGGCAGAUCUUCUUGGAAACUGAACUUUUCUACAAAGGUAUCCGCCCAGCUAUCAAUGUUGGUCUGUCUGUGUCUCGUGUCGGUUCUGCUGCUCAGACAAGAGCCAUGAAGCAGGUGGCCGGAACCAUGAAGUUGGAAUUGGCACAGUAUCGUGAAGUAGCUGCCUUUGCCCAGUUCGGGUCGGAUCUGGAUGCUGCCACCCAGCAGCUGCUCAGCCGUGGUGUGCGCUUGACUGAGCUGCUUAAACAAGGGCAAUACGUCCCCAUGGCAAUUGAGGAACAAGUUGCUGUCAUCUAUGCUGGGGUCAGGGGCCACCUGGACAAGCUGGAGCCUAGCAAGAUCACCAAAUUUGAGAGCGCGUUCCUUGCUCAUGUCCUGAGCCAGCACCAGGCUCUCCUCUCCACAAUCAGGACUGAUGGGAAGAUCUCUGAGCAAACAGAAGCCAAGCUGAAGGAAAUAGUCACAAAUUUUCUGGCUACAUUUGAAGGGUAAACGCUUAACAGUUCUAUAUACCGGCUAUUUUUUGUCACUGGUGCUGGUAGCACUCUGGUUCCAUUGUUUCAGAGGCUUUAAAGAUACAUGUGAGUUGAAUGUACAGAUCCCAUUGUGAAUUAAAGGUUCCAUAUAAUGAAGUUUGGUGGAUGUAGUCUUCACUGCGGUGGAAAACCAGUGGCAACCUGCAUUGAUGUAUACUUAACAACAUGACAAAUAAAAUCUUGUAAAACGA